AUGGCUCAAGCAUCAGAAGCUUCCCCGUCGUCAAAAGGCCCCUGCGUCAGAUCUACGUCGGAUGAUGAUACCGAGCACAAACCAUUCGUAGCCCCGGACGACGUAAAGGAGAAGUACCAUGCGUUGCUGUCGACGAUGGAGCAACAACGAACGCAACAUGCCAUCGCAGUCAAAUCGGGGCACGAUGUGCAUCCGUCCCACCACGUGCACGCCCCCCGCAACGUCGACAAGCACGAGCCGCUUGAAAAGCACGUGCGAACGGGACUCCCUCAGCCCAACAUUGUACAUCAAAAACACAUCAUGCAGCCCAAGGAAGACAAGCCGAAUCGGUGCAGCGCCAAGAUAACCAAGUUGUAA